UUGCCGACGCACCGUCACGAUGGAUCCGAACGUCUCCGCCGGGGUUUUAUCGCACUUUUACGCUCUGGCGAAUUUCUCCACCUUCUGGAACUUCUCCCUGGACGACGGCGCGUACGGCGACGAGGCGCAGACCCCGGCGGAGUCGCAGCGGCCGGCGGUGAAAGCGCUGCUGGUCGUCGCGUACUCCGUGAUCAUCAGCAUCUCUCUGUUUGGAAACGCGGUGGUAUGCCAUGUGGUGAUCACGAACAAGCGCAUGCACUCGGUUACGAGUUUGUUCAUCAUGAACUUGGCCAUCGCAGACAUUCUUAUCACGCUGCUCAACACCCCGUUCACUCUGGUGCGGUUUGUGUACAGUACGUGGGUUUUCGGGAAGGCGAUGUGUCACGUGAGCCGUUUCGCCCAGUACUGUUCGGUGCACGUGUCUGUGUUUACGCUGGUCGCUAUCGCCAUCGACAGACACCAAGUAGUGAUGCACCCAAUGAAGCAGCGAAUGUCCUGCUUCCAGGGCAUGGUCUGGGUCAGCGUGAUCUGGGUGAUGGCCACCUGCUUCUCUCUGCCACACGCCAUCUACCAAACGCUGUUCCGCUUCGAGUUUGGGGACAGGUCUGUAAGGGUGGUGUGUUUGCCUAGCUUCCCCCGCCCCUCUGACCUCUUCUGGAAGUACCUCGACCUCGCUACCUUCAUCCUUCUCUACAUGUUACCUCUGACGAUAAUCUCCGUGGCCUACGUUGUCAUGGCGAAGAAGCUGUGGAUGCGGAACGCCAUCGGCGACGUGACACUGGCGCAAACGGUGGCUCACCGCAGGAGGAAGAAGAUGACGAUGAAGAUGAUGGUGGCAGUGGUGGUGGUGUUCGCCAUCUGCUGGUUCCCACUCAACUGCUACGUGGUGCUGCUGUCCAGCAGGGUGAUCCAGGCCAACAACGCCAUCUACUUCAGCUUCCACUGGUUGGCCAUGAGCUCCACCUGUUACAACCCCUUCAUCUACUGCUGGCUCAACCACAGCUUCCGCGCAGAGCUCACGUGGCUCCCCCUGGUGGGGCGCAGGGGAAAGGUCGUGGGCUGCCAGCAGAGGCCCACCUCCUCACCACCACAGCCCCGCCUCCUCACCACCAGAGCCCCGCCUCCUCACCACCAGAGGCCCACCUCCUCACCACCACAGCCCCGCCUCCUCACCACCAGAGGCCCACCUCCUCACCACCACAGCCCCGCCUCGUCACCACCACAGCCCCGCCUCCUCACCACCAGAGGCCCACCUCCUCACCACCACAGCCCCGCCUCCUCACCACCACAGCCCCGCCUCCUCAUCACUGCCCACCAGGAGCUCAGCAUCCGCUACACUGCUGCCAUCUUUCAGUUGCACUUUCCUGGGCUUCUCUGGAGUAAGAGGGUGAAGCCUGACAGCAGCCCCCAACAGGAACAGGCAGGACUGGUUGCCACUGGAGAUAGGCUGGAGAUAGGUUCAGUGGAGCUGACCAAUGAGUUGAGAGAAGAGGUGGUGGUGGAUGAUUGGCUGGACAUGUUGGCCGUGGCAACUUCCAGAAGCUGGAUUGGCAGACAAUGGCGCGGUGAGGCGGGACUUGCGUUGGGGGUGUGGCCACGCAUAUGGAAGGCGUGGGAGGUGGUGACACUGUCCGAGCUCACGGACGCACUCGACCACGACAACGCUGACCAUGACGACGCAUCCUCCAUUGCCACAGUGCCUUCAAAGGGCCACAGGUCUCUGUGUUUCUGCAAAAUCAACAGUGUGAUGAAGGCAUUCUCUUCAUCACCAAAGAUGGGCAGAGUACUCUAUCAGGAAGUGUAUGAGCGCUGCAACCUGGACACCAGCGAUGUCAAAAUGAUGGAAGAGAUGAGCACACUUACACCAGAAGGUCCUUCCAGCUUCUGA